AUGAAGAGAAGCUUAGUACCACCAAGAUUAAAAAUAAGGGCAAGGGAUCUUGAGCAUUCUCAAACAAAUGCACGAGUUCAUUCCGUAUCUGAGUUAAGUUCACCAAGAAAUAGUUUUUUAGACAGCAAAAAUUCGCCUGUGCAAGAUCCAUUUCUAAACAUAAGGCUAAAUGGGUCAAAUAUCCCUACUCUUCGUCCUAUUUGUCCAUCUAAACGAAGUACUCCUCGAGCAUCAACAGCUGACAUAAAAAUUCCGACUUUGUCUCUUCCUUUAGAUGACAAAAUUCCUUUUGCCCUUGCUACUGACUCUCAAAGAAGCCAUUGCAAUUCGACUAACUCCUCCAGCUUUAAAUUGGAACAAAAUAUCGGUAGAAUUUCCAUUUUUUUGGGACUUUAACCCCUUUAAAUUGGAACAAAGUUUUUUUAAUGGGGAAAUUUUAUAGUUGAAAAAUGCUAAUUUUUAUAAAUGUUUUUCCAAAAUGCAAUGAAUUUAAUCAGUUUUUUACACUCAAUUUUUUAAAUAAAUUCUUCAUAAAAUAAAUUAAAAUUUUUAUUAAUUUUAAAAAUUUAACCCCCUUAGGAUUUUCUCUUAAAAGGUGGGGAAUAAAGAGUUUGGCUCACUGUCAAUCAGAAUCAGCUCUAAAAAAUAGAAAACCAAACUUGAUUUUUAACGCUUCAAAACGAAGUUUACCUUUUGAAGCGAAACAGCCUAUAAAACCUAAACUUUCUGUUCCUGCAAAUAUUAAAGAGUCAUCAAAAAUGAGAGCAAAAAUAAAACCAGUCGCGAUUUUUGAUUUUAAAAGGGAAAUUAGAACUCCUUGUUUCUCUUUUAACUCAGUUGGAUCUCAAAAGAAAAAAGUGCAAGUUAGCGAGUCUGAAAGCUGUGGAAGCGAAAGCACAGCAUUGCCUCAAAGCGGGGAAAUAUCAAGCUAUGAAUUAACUCUAAAUAAUAUAAAAGUAAAUCAAGGGCAAGGAAACAAGGAAGCAUAUGAUAGAAUUAAGAAACUGAUUCUUGACGUAGAUAGUUUGGAUGCAUCUGACGAUCCAAGAGAAAUGUCAUUUGGAAAUAUUUGCCAAAUGCCAUUGACGUAUAAAAGACCUAUUAAAUUAGUUUCUCCAAGAAUGCAUUUUCAUAAUUAA